AUGUACAUGACUGCGCCUGCACCACGCACCAUCGUCUACUGUCUGGCCAAAGUAACGAAACAAAUCCCUGCCUGCUGGGCUGCAGCACAGGCAAAACUGGCUGCUGGGGCAGAAGCCUCGAAGCUACUCAGAACACGACUGAAGCUGGCAGUGAACACUGCUGUCUCAGGACCAGCACCACAACACGGGAUGCAGCGCCCGCUGAUUCGCCGCCGUGUAGCAUCUGCCUCCAUGGGGCAGUCCCAUAGGCGAUCAGAAGGGCCAAGCUUGACUGACGACAGCGUACCGAAGCCAAUUGCGGCCAGCUUCGUUGGCGACGGAUGCCUGGACGCUGAUGGCGGUGCGCACGAGGCGAACAGCUGCUGGGCCGGCUCGAUCGGCCGCCACGGCAGUAUCAGGUAUGCGGUGCAAGCAAUGUGA